AUGAUUACAAGCCAUCUCUCACCAGUUGAUGUGGCCUGCCUAGCACUAUGUAAUCAUAGGAACCUAUCUAUCCUUAGCCGUGGCGUGUGGGAUACAUUAGAUACUCUUCCCAGGGACCGGGAACGCUUUUUAAAGCGGCUCCAACGCGAUCUUCCGUCGGACUAUGUCAACCCUUCUGGGCCGGCAUACAGAACCAACAGGACAUUCCGUCUACAUCGAGGAGCGGCCCCGACUAUCCGCGAGGCCAAUGUGCAUCCAAGAUACGAAACUCAGUACUGCUUUAAAUUAUUCCAUCUGCAGCUCGCCAUGCUGCAAUAUUAUUAUGGGCCAGCACAUGGUAUAUCGGCGGAUUCCCUUCUCUUCACUGAAGCCCAUUUUGAUCAGGAAACAUCUACUACCACUCCAGUGUCUAUGGAGGCUCGAACUUGCGAUGGCCCGUGUCUGUGUCUGCAGAUCCAAAACUGGGCGCUGGUAGGAGCUCGAAGUAUAGACAGACUCAUUUUGAAGACCAGAUUUAUAUCUGUCUGUGAUCACGUUAACAUGGAUGGCGGGAAAGCAAUUCCACCAACGUUGAUAAGGGUUUCUGAAAAAAACAGGCUUGCUCUGGUCAUAACGAAGUGGCUUAAUCUUGGGAAUGGCCUUGACCCUGAGGAUAUCCGGUGGAAAAGGCACAGUGCAGGUUUCCAGAGAUGUGCAUGCUGUAAAAGCAUCUGGAAAGACUGUCCGUCGCUAGAUUCUAUUACCCAAGAGAACGAGUCACAUUUGCUGAAUGACCGUUAUAAGGAAUCGAUGGACAGGUGGUAUCGAGAUUUUUGGAUUCUGCAAGGUGGGAAGCGUCUUUAUCCAUAUCCUUUGGUUAUUAAAACAGUUGAUCUAAUCAUCUGGGCCUCGUACAUAUGGCGAUUGUGGGUUAGUGCCAUUAUUAUUGCCCCGAUGGAUCCAACAUAUCUUACUCCAAUUCCACAGUAUAAAGGAGCCUAUCCUGCCUACUAUGUAGGCUUGAUAUCCGUAUAUAUUCGUCUCAUUGCUGCAUGGAGGAAUAUCACGCUGCAGUGUUGGCUUUGCUGUUCCGCCGGCUACGAGUCCGAUAUAAACAACCUCCUCUCUUUUCCUUCGCACUUCUACGCAGGGCUGAUGGCUAGUAGGCGAAGCUAA